CGCACAGAGAGGCCGCGGUCUGGUAGUUACUUUUGAACUGGUGGCGGGGAAUAGCCGGAGGACCUGCGGGGUUGCAGUGUGCCGUGAGGCUGACAGUGUUCUCCGUUCGAUCUAGUGAUGGCACAGCAGCUCGCCCGGGAGCAAGGCAUCACCCUGCGCGGGAGCGCGGAAAUCGUGGCGGAGUUCUUUUCAUUCGGCAUCAACAGCAUUUUGUAUCAGCGUGGCAUUUAUCCGUCAGAAACCUUUACUCGAGUGCAGAAAUACGGACUCACCUUGCUUGUAACUACUGACCCCGAACUCAUAAAGUAUCUCAAUAAUGUGGUGGAGCAGCUCAAAGAUUGGCUGUACAAAUGCUCAGUUCAGAAACUGGUGGUGGUCAUCUCAAACAUUGAGAGUGGUGAGGUCCUUGAAAGAUGGCAGUUUGAUAUUGAGUGUGACAAAACUGCAAAAGAAGAAGGUGUUUGUAGAGAAAAGUCACAGAAAGCCAUACAAGAUGAAAUCCGCUCAGUGAUCAGACAGAUCACAGCUACUGUGACAUUUCUGCCACUGUUGGAAGUUUCUUGUUCAUUUGAUCUGCUAAUUUACACUGACAAAGAUUUGGUUGUCCCUGAAAAGUGGGAAGAAUCAGGACCCCAAUUCAUAACCAAUUCUGAAGAAGUCCGUCUGCGCUCAUUCACCACCACGAUCCACAAAGUGAACAGUAUGGUGGCCUACAAAAUCCCUGUCAAUGACUGAAGAGACGGAGAAGAAAGCCAGGAUCCGACUUUGAUAAACGUGCCUGUUGUUCCAUUUCUUGGCUUCCUCCUGGACUUGCCAUAGAAUCACCAGAGCAGAAGUGCUGCACAUUUUUAACAAGGAACCAACAGAUUUUGUUAGCAUUGUGGAAUGGAUUCCUUUAAAAGUGGUCAUUGUAGACAGAAAAACUUGUUAAAAAGCUAAAUACUUCCCCUAACCAUUUAGCUCAGGAAUCUUGACCUGGAUCUAGAGAGACGUCGGCGUGUAAAUACCGCAG